UUUUUUUUUCCCCCUCUCUCUCCAGCUCACUCUUCGUUGGCAGUUUCCUGGGAUCUCUCACAAUGUACGCAGUCGAAGUAGUGAAGCCGCCACUUACCACAACUACGAGACUGUCCGCGUCAAAUACUUCAGCCUUCCUGCUAAGUCGCCUUCGACUGGCCCGUCACUAGACAGAUCCGAGUGGCCGCGGGCUUACCUGUUCACGAUCUUUUUGUUCAUUUUGCAGCUCUGUCUCUUUUCUGCGCCACAGAGACUCUCGAUGUCUACGAGUGGGAGUCUGGGUGCCGUUGCCGACGGGCCAUUUCAGCAAUUGCGAGCCUUCACGCCAACGCCCGACCUCGAUGAUGAUAAGCUCGAGAAUACCUCCAAAACCGAAUGCGAACUCCUCAUCCGCCAGCAAUGGAGGGGACAGAACAAGGAGCAUGUUGAAGAGCAACGACAAAACCGAAUUCAAGAGCCGCAGUACUGGAAACGGGAAAUAGGGUGCAGGAUAGAUAUCCUUACUAAAGAAAUACCGAGCGCUAAGCUACUACAACUGCGCCAAACGGCAGAAAUGCUGGGUAAAAUCCUAUUGCGCCUGGGGGUAUCGCUCGAAGAGAUAGAAAAUGCGCGACAGCAAAUACCUGAGUCGGACACAGCUUUUUGGGAUGCAAGUCUCGCCUUCGAGCAAGGCCUCAAAGAAGAGAACCAGAGAUCGUACCAGAGCAACGAAGAAGACUUGCGGCCUGCGCAAUCUACAGGCAUUUUACCGCCUACCGAGCCACCGCACGUUCUCGCGCCACCUUCCAACAACAGCUGCUCUCCGUCGACUAGGGGAGUUCAGGGUGCCAGAGUGCAGAAGCCUCCCCAGAACAAGAACCGGACACGAAAGGGGCUAAGAAGAAGGGCGACGAAGCAAUUUUCCCCGCCGAGGGAGGGCACAGCCUCGCAUAGGCAUGCAAGGAACAAAAGUGCGACCGACAAAAUGCAAAAAUCGACACGAACUACACAAAAACAGCUAGCCAUCACCAGGGAAUACGGCGGAAGUAACCGUGCAACAUGACAAAUGUGUAUCAAGCGUUGCCGAUAGGAUCUACGCAGGGCGUGCCCGAGAAUGUUUGAGGUGGCGCUGACUGGGGCCCCAGAGCCAGAGAAACCGCGUCGUGCGCCCCAUGUCCCGACACGCAGGGAGGUGCGGGCUUGGCAGUCGGGGGUUGCCCUUGCGCCCAGGGCUGUGCGCCCUGUCAUUGGUCACAUACACCCACCCUCUCAUUUAUGGCCCCACGCCUCUCCCCUUGGCUGGCUGUCCAACCCCUCCACCUUUCUCCAGCCCUGGUGUACAGCAGUCAUUGCUCCUGUAAACCAUGGCUUCCAGUCGUUUGGAUUGACCAGUUUACAGUGAAUUCGCAACCAUCUCACGACUAGUUUGCAAUUAUUUCACAUCCUUCCUUCUCGGUCGCCCCGCGCCCUUCCUUGCAGGUCUCCUUGGCGAGGACAAAGAUGACCAUGGAAUCGUCUGCACACACUGGUCUCGGUGAUAUCGCGCUGCUCGUCGGUGGCAUUGAGGGCGGAUCCGCACAAGACUUCAUUAAUCUGAAUGAGGAGCUCAUCUGGACGCGGCCCCCGCCCCGUGCCCACGACUUGGCAAAUGGCUGGAUUGACGACGAGCAGCCGGAACCAUGGCGCGGGCAGAUGCGUGCCGACAUCAAGCUCGAUGGUCCUAUAUUGGCCCUUUCCUUCCUCAAGUUACCGAGGCGGACGUUCGGCUGGCAUCUCGGCGCUAUGUCAGAGACAACGCAUACUGACGAGAAGCCCCGCGACAUACUGUGUCCCCGCAACACUGAGAGUGGCAUCAGCAGUUCCACGUGUUUCUUCGACUAUACAACUGGCCCUAAAGGCGAGUUUGUCCCAAGGAUGAUACCCCUACUUCACCGAUCCUUCAUCCGCAUCCAAAUGGGGCCGUUCGAUCUCCGGCAGCGCUACCACCAGGAAUUGGUUCUCACCGAGCCGGUCAAGAUACUUUUUCCUACGCUCAGAUUUUGGCUAUGGAUACCUACGCUCAACAAGGACGAAGAAAAGGUGUUCAAGUCCAACGUCAGGGACUUUUGUCGUCGAACGAAUUGCCUGGAUCAGGAAUACUUCCCUGGCAUUGCGGCAUCGACCGGCGGUUCCAGCCUAGCCCCAACACCCAUGUUCGACCGCUUGACACGAAUAGGCCGGUCCGGCGCGAUAUACAAAGCGUUUGGCAAAAUUAUCUCAAAAGGUGGCUACAGGACAGUGUUUCGUGUCCAAGUGAUCAAGAAUCCUCACUUCGGUGAGUUUCAGGAUGACGAAGAUGUCGCCGGCCCAGACGAGCCGAUGCUAGUCGCAAAGGAGAUUUAUCAAAAGGGGGACGGCAGCCAGCUCGCAAAGAAGGAGUUCAGAGAAAUGCAGGAAAAUGAAUGGAAGACCGUAAUGCACAACCCGCACCCUAACGUCAAUGCAAUCGUCGACAUAGCCUACGUGCCCGAAACCGAUGACCCCCCGUGGGUCAUCGAGGAAUAUCAGCCCUACUGUCUCGGCCAAAGAGAAAAGUUACCCAUGGAUGUGGACAAGGUGGAAAUGGCCUCGCAACUACUCAGCGGCCUAAAGCACUAUCAUGAAAGCGGCAUCAUGCAUCGCGACGUCAAGCCUAAAAACGUCCUAAUGCGGCUUGUCAAGUGCUCUAACCAUGGGUGCUCUGACGAUAGGUGCUCUGACGAUGAGUGCGCUGGCCAUCAGUACCGAUGGGAUUAUAAAUUCACCGAUAAUGGCGCUGUGAGGUCCACUCACCGCCGCGUGGAGGGGUUGGCGGGGACCCCCUUUUUCUGCGCGCCUGAAGUCCUGGAUAAGAAGCCUUAUGGUGCCAAAGCCGACAUCUUCUCCCUCGGUGUCCUAUUUUUGGAGCACUUUGUGGGUCACGACCGGUCCCGCGACACACCUUUCAAAGACACGGAGUAUCCGAAAUCGUCUUUCCAGGUACAGCAAUGGAUGCAACUUGUUGAUCCACUUAUUGAGAGGAACUGCGAUCCGGAGUACCGGCCCCUCCUCAGAGGCAUGCUCUUGCGGGACCCCCUGAAACGGUGGAGCGCGAAUAAAUGCCUGGCGUUCCUGAACCUGGACCCAAGCGAGAAGCCUGAGCAAACUAUCUUGAUCGGUCCGACGUUGCCCUGGACAACACAACCUUUUACAGAGGAGGUAAAGGCUGGUCUGAAGAGAAAGCUUGCCGAGUUCGAGCACAAUGGGGAGUGUGGUCACGUGGGACCCGACGGGGUGGAGUCCGAUAAUGCGAGCACAAUCGUCGAGACAUGUCCGGCCCUGCUUAUGCAAGGCUCUGGACAAAUGGUUUCUUCCUUGGACAACGACCUUGCAAACCUGGGCGGCAUUUGCGAAGUUGACAUAAAUAGCGUCAUCGAAGGCUCGGAGAAUGGUACCUUCAUCACGGCCCCGGAGGAAUUCUUGGUGGAGGACGCGCCGGCGACGCCCAAAGCCUCUUGCGCGGCGCAGAUGCCUAACACUCCAUGCCAAGACGCCGCGGGGGGAAACGGACUAGCUUCAGUGCCCUGUACACCACUUGCUGAUGACGACGCGACGCGCCUAGCCGUCGGGCGAGUGGCAAACCAGCAGGAAGCUUACGACUUCACCGACUGCCAUAACGAGUGGGACUGGGGCGAUGGGAGGCAACCCAUGAUACGCUUCACGCGGACCAUAGCCCAAUCAUACAGGCACAAUCGAUAUCCGCCCCCGUGGGCUUCUCGUGUUUCCCAAUAUACCAACGUUGCCACUACAUGCCCGCCCAAGAAGGAGUCCGCGGGUGUGUUAACCCUUGGGAUUUACGACUUCGACAAGGUGAUGCGAAAUCCGAUUGCCUCCCAAAGAGAAACAAAGCCGUUGAUCAGUCCGCCGGUGCAGACCAGGGACAACCGUUUGAACACAUCCAGAAGUCCUCAGCCGCCGCCCGAUGCAGAACACGGAGACACGAGCGCCUCACGCCCGUUAGAGCCUGCGGCUGAGAAUGCUCGGCAGCUUUCACCUUCACAGCAGCGCACAAAGACCACGCGGCAGGUAAUCUUGAGCGCAGAGGGCGGUUUGCCUACGACAGCGAAAGUGUCGGACAGCAAAGCGCAGGAAAGUCCGCUACCAGACGCUAUGCUGCCAAAGGACUGCGUGCCCCCGGAAGCGUCGCUGGUCAACGAGGCCGAUACAGAGGUUGUGACCCGGGUUGAUGAUGGAGGGAGGCACCUAGAAGGGUCGCCAGCCAGUGGCAGAAGAACCGAUUCAGAGGCGCCGACCGACCUCGAUUGUGAAGAGAGGCAGCCUGAAGCGCCGCCGGUCAGCGGCAGCAGGGCCAAUACCAAGGCGUUGCCUGAAAUCGAUCACGGAGACACGGAGCUGAAUGUGCUAGACGGCCGUUUUGGGCCGCUUCUUCCUAUUCCCGAUGCGCGUAAAAGACAGCAGCACGCUAUCACACGAAUGGAAGGUGCCAACACCAUGAGGACGACCAGACACACGCGGAAUGCAUUUGGCAACAAGGGGUUCAACUGGGAUAUGGGUUUCGGGGGUCAGGGAAUGGGUGUCAUCCGUUAGGCGAGGAGGAUUUGUACACAAUCGGUUCACGACAUACCAAAAGGGCACAAUGGAGGCGUUCAUCACCUGGCUGGUUUUGCAUGUAAUCUAUGUAGACAUCCAGUAUUAUUGCGGUCAUCGUCCGACGAGAAGCCCGACCCCGAAGGGAAGGCAGUGACAGGUGGCAGAUCGUUCGGAGCGUGUCGAGUCGAAAGUGGAGGCGGGAGGGACACUGUCGUGGAGGGAAUCUCUCCGUUGUAAAACUGAUCAUGCUGUCGUGCACGUUUUUCUGAGGCCUCGUGUUGUCGCUUUGCUCGUUUUCGCCGCACGUCGACCUGGGCUUUUUCUUCC